AUGGAUUGGAUGCACGUCUACAUCGUUGGGGCCGCCGUACUGGUGUUUGCCCUGGUCGGCCUGGUCCUUCUCGUCUCGUCUCAGCACAUCAAGGUCGCCAACACUGGAGUUGGUCCUUACUUGAAAUUCAUCUGGGCAAACUUCAUCAAACCGCACGAUAAGAAGGCCGGGGGCCAGCAGGAUGCGUUGGAGAGCUUCUACAAGACACAGGCCGCAAUUUACGAUGCCACUCGUCGUCGUCUACUCUGUGGUCGUGAGGACAUGCUUGGUCUUGUGGCCGCACAGCUGAAGUACAAGACUAGCAACAAAGAAGUCAAGACUGGAAAGGCUGUCUGGGUGGAUGUCGGUGGUGGUACUGGGUAUAACAUCGAAGCCAUGGCCGCCUUCCUUCCGGUGGACAAAUUCUUUAAACACGUCUACCUAGUCGAUCUCUCCCCAUCCCUCUGCGAAGUUGCCCGCGAGCGCUUCGAACGCCUUGGGUGGAACAAUGUUACCGUUCUCUGCCAGGAUGCCCGAUCUUUCCGUCUGCCCGAGAAGGAUAAUGCAGCAAGUGAUGGCGCGGACUUGAUCACCAUGAGCUACAGUCUAUCAAUGAUUCCUGACUAUUACAGCGUUGUCGACUCAUUAACCUCCCGCUUGAAGUCAACUGGAAUGCUGGGUGUGUGUGACUUCUACGUCCAAAGCAUUGUUGAUGUCUCCUGUCGCAACUACACUGGUGGCGCUUUCAACCGCCAUGUCAACUGGCUCGGGCGUGUAUUCUGGAGAGCUUGGUUCGACUUUGACCGGGUCAGCCUUGAAGCUGCCCGCCGAGACUAUCUGGAAUACAAGUUUGGUACUGUCAUCUCCGCCAGCGAACGAAACUAUUUCCUUGGUGGUAUUCCAUACUACAUCUUUGUUGGUUGCCCCAAGGAAAUAGCAUCUACCCCAUCAAGUCAAUCCAUUGAGAAGCUGGAUGCGUCUUUUACUGAAUCUCCUUACCUCCUUCCUGCCAAUCACAAGCAGGAGAUAGACAAUGCAGUUGUGAAGAGCACACACGAGAUUCGCUCCAAGGCAUAUGAGUCUGCAGUGAUUAACCUGAGUGCAAACCUGCCACUCCCAUCAUCCUUUUACCAGAACCACCACUAUCGCAUUCAUUACAAUGACAUGCUACCCAAACAUACUCAAUUCCAAAACGAGUACAUCUACGCGUUCACAUGGGAAGACCCACGGGUUGACCACCGACUCCUGAACAUCGGCACAGACGACGUGAUCCUGGCUAUCACCAGCGCCGGUGACAACAUUCUUGAUUAUCUACAAAAGAGUCCCCGUCGGGUCCACGCGGUGGACUUGAACCCUAACCAGAAUCAUCUUCUUGAGUUGAAGGUUGCCUGUUACUCAGCGCUGGGUCACCGCGAUAUGUGGAAAAUCUUCGGUGAUGGCAAGCACGCACAGUUCCGUGAACUGCUAAUCUCUAAACUCAGCCCCCACCUGUCCAGCCAGGCUUUCCAGUACUGGCUCGAGCACACCCAGACCUUCGCCUCUACCUCUGGCCAUGGUCUGUACGAGUCUGGUGGGUCUCGCCACGCCAUUCGUAUGGUGCGAUGGCUCUUCAAUAUCUUCGGACUCCAAGGUGAAGUUAGCAAGCUGUGUGAAGCGCAGACCAUUGCAGAGCAGCGCGAAAUUUGGCCCCGCAUUCGACGUGUGCUACUGAGCCGACCACUUAACUGGGCUAUUGUGAGCACCGAAUGGUUCGCAUGGAAGGCCGCCGGAGUCCCACGCAACCAGCGAAACAUGAUUGUCGACGACUUCUUCCGCCGCAACGGCUUGACCGAAGAUAUGAAAACGGGCAAGGACAUCAGCGGCCAAUCGAUUUGGGAAUAUGUUGUCAAUACUCUUGACCCAAUGGUCAACGAGACUCUUAUCAGCAACGAUAACUACUUCUACUUCCUUUGCGUUCAGGGCAAAUUCUCACGGAGAUGCCACCCCACCUAUCUUUCUCCUCAAGCACACGUCAAGCUUUCCACGCCUGGUGCAUUCGAUGGCCUUCGUAUCCACACUGAUGAGAUCAAUGAAGUGAUCAACCGCAUCACUCCGGGAACUCUGACUAUCGCCGUGGUCAUGGACUCUAUGGACUGGUUCGAUCCCGCCGGGGACUCUGCCCCUUCCCAGGCCCGAACUUUCAACAAGGCGUUGAAGAAGGGUGGUCGCAUUCUUCUCCGCUCCGCGAGCAUCGAUCCUUGGUACAUCAAGCACUUCGAAGAAAACGGCUUUACUGCUCGUCGCGUGGGAGCUCGUUUCCCAGGCACAUGUAUUGAUCGGGUAAAUAUGUACGCAUCAACCUGGAUCUGUACCAAAUCCGAGGACUUGUCCCGCCCCAAUCCAGACCGCAAAAUGUCGACUCUCUCAUUGGGGGAAAGCGCUAUUACCGGAGGCAAGAUGCCGAGCAGCGUGGAGAAUCUGAUGAUUUAA